GCCGCGGCCAGCGAGGGCGGGAGGAGAGGGCGGGAGGCGGGAGCCGGGCGUCACUUCCCAGCCCGGGCGGAAAUGUGAUGUGGCUAUGAAGUGUGCACGAUGUCGGCAAUUUUCAACUUUCAGAGUCUGCUGACGGUGAUCCUUCUCCUAAUUUGCACCUGUGCUUACAUCAGAGCACUAGCUCCCAGUGUUCUGGACAAGAAUAAAACUGGACUUCUGGGAAUAUUUUGGAAAUGUGCCAGAAUAGGUGAACGAAAAAGCCCAUAUGUGGCCGUAUGUUGCAUUGUAAUGGCAUUCAGUAUUCUCUUUGUGCGGUAACAGUCAGCUUGAAGAACAGCACAAUGGAUGAUAGACAUUACUUAAAUAUAAGAAUUUCCUUUAUAAAGAUGAAAUGAUCCGUGAAUGCGUCAACCUCCCAAAUCAAUAUUGUGCAUCUUGCUUCACAAGCUUUUCUUAGUGAUGUCAAUUUCAACCUUGUUACUGGACCAAGGACUGAUGUUUGGGAUGGAGCUCCAUUAUGACUGUAUUUUCUGAUUGGACUAAUCCAACCACCCUACACCUGAUGGCUAGUGUUGCUCUGAAAAUCAUCUGAUUGUUGGUUGGUUAUUACUGUGUGUAACUGUCUAAAUAUUGUCAAUAAAAUUCUUCAAAUUGA